AUGCAUCCUCAUCUGCACACAAAGAACGCCAUGGCGUGCGACGAGGUCAUCACCGCCCUGGAGGAGUGCCACGCCCGAGGCUUCCUGCACAAGGCCGUCGGAAGCUGCAACUCGGCCAAGGAGGCUGUCGACGCCUGCCUGCGCGAGCAGCGCUCCAAGGUGCAAGCGGACAACAGGGCGAUCGCGCGGGCCAAGCGAGACAAGCUGAAGGCGGCGCAGAAGGAGCUGGGGUUAUAA